AGAGAUAAACAAGCAUCAAAGUUUGAUUUCAACCAAAUUAUGUAACUAUAAUUUAAAUCUUUUCUCAUGGUCUUACUAAAGAUAGCUGAGUUCAUGUGGAAAAUAGUAAAGUGUGUGUAUGAAUAAAGCAGAGUUGCACAUCCAGACCAGCAGGUGGCACUGAUUGUUAACGAGCUACAGCAGGAUGAGCGCUGACACAACAAUAGAUGAAACGUUAUGGAUGUGGAAGUAAGAGGUGGAUAUACUCUUCAGUGACAUUUCAUCAACGCACAAUGUCUAAACUGCAGGUUUUAAGUGUUUUUCUGACAGAGAGAUUAACAUUAGCUGCACAGGAGAUAUUUAAGGCUGUGGAAGACGUAUUUUCAGAGUAUAAUGAGGAGAUGUGUCGCUCCAGACUGGAGGUUGAGCUGCUCAAGAGGAGACUGCAGCAGACAGGAGUUCAGAUGGACUCUGAAACGCAAUCUCGCUCCUCUGAGACUCAAGGACAGAAAUGCACCCAGACAUUUUCAGAGGACUCGAAAGAUACAGAGAUGCAGCUGAAGCUAGAAGUUUAUACACACCCCGAGGAGAACGAAGAGGACAUGCCUGUUUGCAGUGAAUCAGCAUCUUUAUCAACAUGUGUGGACAUUUAUCAUGAUCAGACGCCCAGCAAAGACACUGAAACCCAAGUGAUGGACAGUAGUGAGAGUAAUUGUCACUUUAUUGAAAAAGUAGCUCGGAUUAAGAAUGAGCCAGAAACUAAAACUGAAACAGGAACUACCUGUCAAAUACAGCAGAACAUCACAAAACAAGAUUUCGAUGAUUCAGAGGCCAGUAAUGCUUCCACUGACGUCAACAAAGUCAAAGUUAGCCACAUUGGCUCGCCCAGACAUGAGACACAAACAUUUAAUCUGCCCCUUAGAAAUCAAGAGAUGCUGACGAAGCAUCAGAUGGAGCUGGUCCAGACAAGAGACAGAUUGGCAGAUGAAGAGCAAAAGAAGGCUGCAGCAAAAGCUAGAUCCCUAAAGCACAAGCAGAAAGUAUACAGGAAUCCUGAGCUUCGUGAGGCAUACAGGAAAAAGGAGAGAGAGAGGAAAUUACAAUCACAGCAGGAAAGGAACAAGAGAAAUAAGAGUGAAAAUGAGGAAAUUCGCAGAGUAAAGAAGAUGAGGCACUUUGAAGAAGUGACACUUGAUGAACAACAAACACAGUCCAAGACAAACCUGGCUGACAUUUGUUUGGAGGACGUUCAGCAUGAAGAGGAACUGUCUGAAAGCUACCCGACACAUCAUGAUGUUCAUGGAAAUCCACGCGGUACAGGAGAGUAUCUGUGUGUCGUGUGCCGCAAAAGAUUCAACACGCCAGGACUGCUGAAAAUUCAUCUGCGAGUUCACUCUGGAGAGAAACCCUACCACUGCAACUUUUGUGGGAAAAACUUCAGACAGUCAAGUCACCUGAACACACAUGUCAGGAUCCACACGGGAGAGAGACCUCACAUCUGUCAGAGCUGUGGGAAGACGUUUAUUGACUCCAGCGCAAGAAACAGACACUUCAAAAAGUGCGUUCUUAUCUCUCUGCAAGCACCAUGAAAUCCUAAAGAGCACCUGUUGUUUUCUGUAAACGUCAUGGUAAAUAUUUUCACGGCUAAAAUGACAGCAGAUGAUUUUUUUACAAUAGUUAUGUUUCAAUCGAUAGGUCUGAUCCGGUGUCAUUAAAAACACAACCACUAGAAAAGUGAAGUUUUAUCUUUUUUUUUUUUUGCACAGAAAUUUUACCUGAACUCCUUAAAACACUUUCAGUGGUACAUUUUCCACAGAAGAACUGAUUGAGUUUCUUGAAUCAUCUGAACUGAGGUAUGGCUCACAUUUUGACCAUGUAAUGUUUUAUUUAAUGAACCAAUUUUAAAUCUUUUUUUCUGCUUGGAAAAAAGCUGUUUGUCUUGUUUCUUCUACUUAAUAUUAAAUUCGUAUUAGCUAGCAUAUUUAUGAGAAAAUGUACUAACUUAUUUAUUACACUUUUUUUUUUAAGCAAACAAAAUAUUGCGUUUCAUUUUCAUACAUGUCUUUGGUCUUAUUUUUUAAGCUGGUAGUAUAGAAGGUAUAAACAUUACUGCAGUUUAUAGUAUUUUUUUUAUUUUUUUAUGGGUGAAUUUUGU